AUGUCUACUGAAAAAUUGUCAGACUGCUUCAACGUAAAUUUCAAAAUACUAAAAGUUUUCGCUCUAUGGCCCGGUAAAGAAUCUACAAGAUGGUUCAAAUUAUAUUCCGUUAUAUUCCUUAUUAUUAAUUUAAUUAUAUAUAACAUCUUUCUCACUUUAAAUCUAUUGGCCACACCCCUGACAGUUGAUCUAUGGAUCAGGGAAGUUAUAUUCUAUUUCACUGAAAUUGCAGUUAUCGCUAAAGCUUGCAUGAUAAUAUUAAUGCGAAAAAAGAUUCUAGAAGCGUUGAAUAUACUAGACGGAGAAAUAUUCAAUGACAAAGAUGAGGAAUCUAGAAGAAUUAUGACCGAACACAUAUCGAAAUACAAAAUCCUAUGGAAAGCUUUGCAAAUUUGGUCGAAUUUCUGCUACUCUUUUUUAGUUUUCUGUCCCUUUCUAUUCCUUGCUUUUUUCCCGAAUAAGACUAUGCAGCUACCUGUGUGCAAGUAUUAUUUUUUGAGCAACGAAGUGGUAUAUAAAUAUUUUGCGUUUUGGUACUUUUACCAGUCUGCUGGUAUAUACGGUCACAUGCAGUAUAAUUUGAAUAUUGAUACUUUGAUGGCUGGUUUCAUACUGAUGGCUAUAGUUCAAGUUAAAAUACUUAAUCGUAAACUUCUCAACCUGAAGAGCGAAAUAAAUGAUGAGAAGGAAGUUCUGACUAAAUUCCGUAGAUAUUUGAAGCAUUACCAAGUUCUAAAACAAUACUGUUCCACACUCCAAGAUAUCAUAAGUAUAACUCUGUUUGUGCAAUUCAGCAUGGCGUCUAUGAUUAUUUGCGUUGUUCUCACUGGAUUGACCUUGCCAUCUACCGUGGAAAAUUUCAUGUUUAUGAUCACCUACUUGGUGGUGAUUGUUUUGGAGAUCUUCUUGCCCGCAUGGCUUGGCACUUAUUUAGCUUAUGAGAGCGAGAAACUGGCGUUCGCAGCAUACAGUAGCGAGUGGAUACCCCGGUCGGAGGGCUACAAGAGCACCUUGAAGUUGUUCCUCCAGCAGUCCAUGGUCCAGAUCACUUUCACUGGAUGGAGGCUGUUCCCGGUGUCGCUAAACACUUUUGUUUCGAUAAUCAAAACAGCGUAUUCGUUCUUCACUCUCAUCCGUACCGUACAAGAUCGGGAAGUGAAACCUAAUUAA